CGAAAAGGAAUAUGGAUUUCGGAAGGGAUAAGGAACAUUGGAUUGUCCAAGGGCCAGGAGCACUACAAUGCGUGUCAUCCCAUUUCAUGCGAAGGAUACUCGGCCGAGGUCAUGGGCACCUCAUUCCGGUUGAUCAAACAAAUGGGGGAUGGAAAGACCCGCUCGUACCAGUUAGAGCUUAAUAAUUUUGGUUGCACUCACGGGAGUUGCCUCGUCGUAUGCGCUAAUUGUCCAGAACCUAAAAUUUGCGCUCAUCUAUACACUUGCCAAUGUCAGCAGUAUGCCUAUCGAAACUUUUGCAAACAUAGCCACUUAUUGGCUUUGCUCAAGGUCAUCCCUUCUGGAAUUGAAAAAAGCAGUGAUGUGGAUUUAAGGUCCAAACAGCAAGAGGUGGUUGAUGGUAUGGGAUGCGUUCCAAGUCCCAGUUGUGGUGAAACGAAGGAGGAUGACGAUUUGGGGGACAUUAUCGAACCAGAGAAGCUUCCCAAAGAAUACGAGGACUUCUUAGCACGAAUACAGCAUCUAAAAAGAUUCAUGAACUCGCCAGAGAAUAGUUUGGCAAGCAAGAAAGCAAUCGCCAGCCAAUUGGAAACUGUUCCUCUGAGAGAGAUACAACUCACCAUGAAUCCUGAGUCUUUCCCCAAAAUCAAUAGGAAAAGAACCCAUAGUCCCCAGUUCCGUUCCUUUUUCCCCCAUCCGUGA